UCUCUAAUUAUUUGUCUACGCCGCGUCUGGUGGAAGCCUGAAGGUUGUAGAAUAAAGCUUAGGGAGCAAAGGAUCACAGGUCCUCCACCUUCUAUGUUAUUGGGAAACAUUCCAGAAAUGAAGAGAAUGGUGUCUCUAAUUUCUAAAACUCCAAAGAUAGAUGGUUGUUUAACAGUCUUACCAUAUUUCAAGCACUGGACCAACAACUAUGGAAAGUUGUUCAGGUUUGAACUUUGGGGCGCUACAAUUGUUGUAUGUGAGUAAUGUAGAGAUGGUGAAGGAAAUAAGCCGCUUCAGAUCAUUGGACCUUGGGAAACCUGCUUACCUGCAAAGCGAAAGAGGACCUUUGUUUGGCAAAGGUGUUAUUGCAGCAAAUGAUGUAGUUUGGUCUCAUCAGAGAAAGAUCAUUGCUCCACAACUCUGCAUGGCGAAGGUUAAGGAUAUGGUGAAGCUGAUUGUGGAGUCUGGUGAUAUACUAGUUAAAACGUGGGAGAAGAUAAUUGACAGUAAGAGUGAGGAUGGGAUUGUCGAGGUCAUGGUGGAUCAACAUAUGAGAAACUUUACCUCUUACAUAGCUUCAAAAAUGAUGUUUGGGAAUGAUCACCAUAAAGGAAUAAAAAUAUUUCCAAAGUGUCAAGCUCUUAUUAAGGCCAUGAGUGGUGCUACUACCCUUGGAAUUCCUUUAUCAAGGCAUGUCCUUCCUCUCCUUAAUUAUAUUUCAUGGUUUUUUUUUUUAGAAUUAAUUUGA